AUGGCUGACGAAACGGCACCAUCGGCGCCUCGAGGCAAAUGGCUUCCACGUCGAGAACGCCAGGAGGCGUUCCGACUGGACUGUGAAGACGAGCUGGUUUGGUCAGACUGGAUGGUUGGUCGCGAGUUCACGAAGCCACUUCUGUUAAAGAAUAUAGGCACAGAACAUCAGACCAUCUUCUACAAACUGUCGUGCGGCCGCGCCUUCAUCCUACCGUUUCCUGAGCCGUUCCGACUUCCACCAGGCAUGACAAAGAGGCUCCCGGUCACUUUCUCUCCUCUUAGCCAAAAAUCGCUUGUGGAAGAGCUGGAAAUCGUUUGCGAAAGAGGGUCCUUUGUUGUAUUCCUGAAGGCGACAGAGAAACGGGCAGCAAUCUCGCUGCCUCCCAGCGUCGACUUCGGGUUCGGCCCCGUACAGGAUGACACACAUGUACGUUUCCUUGUACACAACACGGGUUCUCUCCCGGCAGAAAUUUCGUGGAAGGAAGCCCCCCCGUUCAGAAUUCACCCGAAAACUUCUCACAUAUCUGUCGGAGGUAUGCAGCAAUUUACUGCAGUCUUCCGGCCGUCAGCCGCUCUCAUUUACGAAGGUACCAUUGUUUGUUCGGUGACGUCCAGCACACCGCGAGAAGCAAAUACCGCCCUUCACGAAGGGACGGUGCCCUCGUCGUCCAUCGUGAGAGCUAAUAUUUGUGCCUCGCCGGGCGAAGUCGAGCAAACAUGUAACAGAAGGCCGGGCGACGCAGACUCUUCUGGGACCUCGGAAUGUCAAAAGAAAAACCCGAAACUGGAGGACUAUACUACGGCAGCAAAUGAGUCUUGGUGUUCUUUCGAGACUGAAAAGGAGACAGAGUGUUGCGCGAUGAGUGUGCGAGGAAUUGGAAAACUUCCGCAUCUCCAUGUUCAUGGCGAAACGGAGGUUUCCGUCGAGUUCGGCACCGUCCUCUGGGGAACGUCGGAGACAAGGACAGUUGCCUUGGAAAAUUCCUCACCCGUUACCGCCUAUUUUGAGGUCGUCCGCACGUGCCUAAGUCAGCCGCAUGCGAACGCCAAGCUUCCAGCUACGAUAACUGCAGCUCCACGGAGCGGAGCCGUCCGCCCUGGGGAGGCCGUUCCGCUGACGUUCAAAUUUCAGGGGUUUUCUGUCAACGAAGAAGUCUUUCAGGAAUUCCAGGUGGUGAUGAGGAGUGGAGCGCCUCUCACCGUGAAAGUUCGGGGGAUCGUCGGCGCAGUUCAGGUGACGCUCUCCUCCGACAGCCUCCACUUUGGCAGCGUUCCAGCCGGCGUUAAGGUGAUCAGGCAGGUGAAGCUCCGCAACCUCUCGAAGCGCGCCGUCGCGUAUCAGCUGGUCAACUUGCACAAUUUGAGUUUCGUGCGCGCGGACAAGCCGCGCGGGAUCCUCCCCCCGCAGACCGCGACCACAGUCGCCUUCACCUUUCGCUCGCACGCGGCGCUACAGCUCCACAAAAGAAGCUUUUUUCUCCUUCGGGGCGGCGAAAAACCGCUCGCCCUCGAUCUCCUGGGAACCUGCUACACCAGCGCCGAGCGACCGGCCGCAGUCACCCUGGGUCACGUCUACCUGAGGAGGUGGACCGAGUUUGGGAAGGGCACCCCGCCGGCAGACUCCCUCGAAUUGGAUUGCCAAGGCAACCCCGACAAGGUCCCUGAGCCGCCAGAAACGAGCUUCUCUCUCUUCACUUCUUUGAUGACUGAGGGAGACGCGUCAUCCGACGGCAUCUCGCUUUCGCCGAAGGUGUUGGAAUUCAAGGCUGGCGAGCUCCCGCGAGCCCUCUCCGUGACCAACACAUCCAACAAAAAGUUCACAUGUAUCUGGAAAGACGCUCUCGAUCGAGCGAGACGGAAACCGCACCCCCCGUCAGGCUUUUCUGUCUACGCUGCGCGAGCCGAGCUCCUGCCCAACGCCGUCACCACCUUCCAAGUUACGUACGACGGCACGUCGUCGGAGUUCGUGGACUUCUGCGUGCUCGAGGCGGCGGUGUGCCCGUCAAUAAACUUGUCUUACCACCUUGUAGAGCCUUCCGCGCUUCAGCUGCCCGCCUCGAUCGCAUGCGUCGCCCGCGCCCUGCCUCCCUGCGCCAAGGCUCUACCGCCGAAAGCUCGUCUCGCAGAAACGGCCGUUCGCUUCAAACCCUGCUUUCCAGGCGAAAAGGCCUUCCACGUUACACAGAUUUUGAAUGAAGGCGACACGCCGCUGUCGUUCGAGGUGUUGCCUGAGGGUGAAGAUGCGGCGAAUGAGGAGCUCGCGACGACAGGUGCAGCGGUCUUCAGCGCGUGGCCGCUGUCGGGGGAGAUUCCGCCGCAAGGCUUCCAGCUGCUUCUCCUGCAGUUCGCGCCGGCGACGAACGUCUUCAGCGCCGGGAGCUUCAGCCUGGUUUUGGACGGCAAGCCCGCCUUCGCAAAGCGCCUGCGCGUCUACGGGUGCGCGUGGGCGCCCGCGAUGACAGUCAAGCCUGAAACGCUGGUGAGGCCGUGCGAGACGCGCGCAGCGCAGACAGAGAAGCGCUCCGGAAGUCUUCCCGCAGACGCCCGCAGGCGCCGCCUCUACGCGCGAAUUCUCCGUGCGGAAUGUGACGGAGAUUCCGAUCUGCGUCGCGAGCUGCCUCGUGGAGAACGACGGCGAGGAGGGAGCGCCGCCGCCCUUCUCACUCGAAGAAGAAAACGAAAUCCGCCUGCUGCCGCUGGAGGAAAAGAAAAUCGCCUGCCGUCCGCGUCGCUUCCGCCGAUCGGCUUGGCUCUCGUGAUGGAAACCAUGACUGAGAUGAUUCACGCCGUCUUACAUUCGGAGAAGACCGCAGAGAUUCUCCAGACGCUGCUCGAGGAACCUGCGCCUCGCUUCGACGAGAUUGUCGGGCUGCCACGGCCUACCGCCGCGAGCCCGCAGGCCCUCGAGGCGAGCGCAGCAGAUAAAUACCCAAACACGGCGAACGGCGCGCCCGCCGCACAUGCAACCUACGCGGUACCCGGUCUCACGCUCCGCGAAGAUUUCAAAAACUGGUCGCCUCUCACCGCCAACUUCCUCGACUGCGUCCCGACGCUGCCUGCCGCGCUUGCCAAAGUCCAAAGCUCGCCGCGCGACCGCGGAGACGGUCUCGAGACCCUGCUGGCCCACGACGAAAAUCUCUCUCUGGAGGCGCUCCCCGCAGUCGUCUCAGACGUUUUCCGCCGUCUGCUGCUCGAGGCAGUAGCUGGCGUCCUGCGGGCCGACGCGGCAGCCCUUGGCCUCGAGAGGAGCCCUGGCGAAGCGCCCGCGCGGUGA